AUGUCUGAUAUACAUGGCACAAAGAGAGCCAGAAGCGAUGAUGAAGAUGACGAGGGAUACGAGCCGAAGCUGCAGCAUGGAGAUGACAACAAGGCAAGAGCCCCACCGCGCGCCGAACCUCCUAGAUUCGAUCGGGGAUUCUCCAAGGAAAUGGUCGAACUUGCCAGAAAUGUGUGUACCGAUAUCUUGAAGCUAGGUGACUCCCCAGCGCGUACUUUGCCGGAUUUGAGCAAUCUCAGCAACGUGAUUGCGAACGAGUUCGAGACUGCCGAUUUGUUCAGGACUUCUACGCUAAAAUUUCUCGAAGCUAUGAUUGUUGAACAGCCACACAGGCUUUUCUACACGAGUAGUUUGUUGCAGGUGUGCAAUGCGAAGAACCCCAAGAUUGGUGUGUAUGUGGUUGAGUACUUCCACCAGAGCUGCCAGUCUGUAUUGGACUCGCUGAAAGCUGGACUUUCGCAAGAGGAUGAAAAGGAAACGGAGGACGUUAGGUUUGGCUCGAGUGAAUGUGGUCCCUGGGAUAGGCUCAAGCUCUAUCUGAGACUUUUCGCCAGUUUGGUUCCCAUCCUUGAAGAAGAUUCGGUUAUUCAACUUUUCAAGCAGUUCCUAAGCACUGCCAUUUCUCUCCAGGAACACUACGGGGACAAAAGGUGUCCAUUAGCAGAGAUGAUCUAUUUCAAUGUUUUGAUUUCGAUUCCAUAUUUAACUGCAUUUCAGUCCAACGAUGACCUGAAGGCCAAAUGCAACAGUCUCAUUGAGCUUGCUGAGACCUUCAAAAUCGCCGAGGUUGGACCAGAACCAGCACUGGAACCAUUCAGCAAGUUUGAAGAUCUUGACAUCCCAUUUGAGCCAAAGCUGACGAUCAAGCUUAUUCUUCCAGCUCUCAAAUCCAUACAGGCAGACAACUGGAAAGUCGCGAUGUUCCCGGACUUGGAGUAUCUCCUGAGACAAUCAGAAGGAUCAUCUACCAGACAUGCAGUACCACAGCUAAAUAUUCCCUCUUUGGAAAGCUUAUUGGACCUAGCCAGUCUUGCGAAGGCCCCAGGCAACAUUGACAUGCUAUGGAGAUUCCCCAGACGCGUUCAAGAGUACUUUCCAUCUGUGGGAUUCGAUCUGGUUCCUCCAGCACACACUUACGAGUCUUUAUUACUACGUGAUAUAAUCCAGGAUAUGAUCCAGAAUUUGGAAUUCAACAGAAAGACAUGCACGUUCCAGCUUCGCAAGCUGCUCACGAACCUGAAUGCGGAGAGCUUUGCACUGCCAAACUCUGCCGUUGAGAAGCUAUCAUUGAUCCACGAACUCAACCAGGGACUUGAUAUCCGCGCCAAACUCGAAGAGGCCGAUGAACAGAUGGCUGAUGCCGACACCAAUGAGCUCAAGCAGCUAUGUGCGGCAGUCGAGGACGAAUGGAAAAGAGGCUUUAAAUCAACGUGGAAGAUCGAGACUAUCAUGACAGACGCUCUGCUUGAUCUGAUGCUUCAACUGCCCACCUCCCCCAAUCCUUGUAUCUACUACCAGGUGUUGUUGAUGGACUAUUGCAACAACGAUAUAUACGCUAUCAAAGGAAGUUCCGGCUUCAACAGAACCACAAUCGCGAAAGUGAUUGGCUCUGCUAUCCGCCAUCUCUACAAUAACGCCGUUACUCUGGAUUUUGAACUGCGGAUGCGCUAUAUCGACUGGUUGUUGAUACAAUUAUCGAACUUUGGAUAUGAAUGGCAGUGGGGAGAAUGGGUUGAGGACGCUAUCGCAAACAACGACUCGAUCUUUCACCCUCAGAACUACGUGGUUGGAAAUGUCAUUGCGAAAGAGCUUCGUGUGAGCACCCUCGAUACUGUGAAGCGCACAUUACCCGAGGAAAUGUACAAAUUCCUGGACCUUCGGAUACUCACUUCGGAGCAGCAAGACGAGUUUGACUCGCGCUUUUUCGGAGAGUUGAGAAUGAGUGAGACAGAUGAAAACGGGGCUCCCGUAGACCUGUUAGGCCGUUUCCUUUUCAACCAUGCUGAGCAUGCCCACCAAUCGCUGUGCUAUUCCAUCUACGAGAACCUACAGGGGUCUGGCAGUGUCGAGGACUUCGACGCUCUGAUCGCACAGCUGAAGGAGGAGAUUGCCAACGAUGAGACUGUGGAGAAUGCCGAGAGAUAUGUGAUUACUCUGUUGGGCCAAUCAGUGUGUAUCAUUGGUUCGCGGUCGCUGACCGUGAUUGAUGGUGCUCUUGACAUCUUUGCUGCUAAACUUCACAGGGCUCUUGGCCAGACUGUGGAUUCUGAGAUGGACGGAGAAAACGAAACUGCUUCCGAGCCGGUUUCCGAGGAGGACCAGCAGAUAAGGCGCGGUUGGCUGGUUGAAAGUGUUCUUAGACUGUGGAAUCACGAGCCAAGAAUUGCCUAUUUGAUCCUUGAAAAGAUGUACCAACAUGGUUUCCUUGUCAAGAACGAUAUUGUGGACUCUCUGUUCAGCAACUUGAUUAUUGUGAGACAGACACAUGCGGUUGAGCUAAUGGACCGUCUGAUGGACGAGGAGACCUAUAAGGUUUUUACAGAGAAACUGAGCCUUAAGGCCGAGGCUGCUAAUGACAAGUGGGAGAAACAUAUGCUUCAGCAGCUGUUGAAGUGCACUAUCAGGAAAUUUCCUGCGUACCAAGCUGAUGAAUAA